AUGUCCAACGUCAAGGAGCAGCUCUCGCAGGUCGCUGUUUCGGCCAAGGAGGCUGCGCAUAAUGUUGGCGAGCAAGUGUCCGACUUUUUCCAAGGGAACCCGUUUGCGACGCCGGUCGGCAAGAAAAUCGAACUGGCCACCGAUUCCAACCUGCUCGCCACCGAGAAUUGGGGCCUAAACAUGGAAAUCUGUGACUUCAUCAAUGGCUACGAGGAUGGGCCAAAGGACGCGAUUCGGGCCCUGCGAAAGCGGAUGCACACCCAGAUCGGCAAGAAUAAUACGAAUAUCAUGUACACGCUGACAGUUUUGGAGACUUGCGUCAAGAACUGUGACCAUCGUUUCCACGUGCUCGUCUGCUCCAAGGAUUUUAUCCAAGACCUCGUCAAGCUCGUCGGGCCCAAAUUUGACGCGCCGCAGAUUAUUCAGGAGCGAGUGUUGUCGUUGAUUCAGGCUUGGACAGACGCUUUCCAAAAUGUGCCCGAUCUUGUCGGGGUCCGACAGGUCUAUGACGAGCUCCGAUCGAAGGGGGUUGAAUUCCCGGCCGCCGAUUUGGAUACGCUGGCACCAAUUAUUACACCGAAACGGACCUACCAAGUCGCUCCCCAUUCUGAAGUCCCGUUAGAGGCAUCAGCCGAGCAACUCGCCAAAUUGCGUCAGGACAUCGAUGUGGUCAACUGCAAUUUGAAGGUGUUCCGCGAGAUGCUGACCGAAAUCACGCCCAACAAAGUGUCCGACGAUGAGCUGCAGCUUAUCCUGGAGCUCAACCAGACCUGUCGCCAGAUGCAGCAGCGAGUGUUGGAGUUGAUUGGACAAGUGACCAAUGAUGAAGUUACAAGCGAACUCCUGCUGGUCAACGACGAGUUCAACGGCGCCUUCGAGAAGUUUGAGCGCUUCAUGGCGAACAAGGAGAAAGAAGAGCCCGCACAACAAGCCGCCGCCCCAUCUGAUAGUCUAAUUGAUCACCCGACCGCCGCCUCGGUAGCUGAUCAACUGAGCGGACUGAAAAUGUCAACGGCUGCCAGUUCAUCUUCUACAGCUGAAGCCUACAAAGCCAAUGCUGAGCCCCAAGCAGCUGUCGGGCUACGAACCGUUGUUAACGACAAAACGGCAGCCGUCAGCGAUCAGGAAGCAGCGGAAAUGGCGGCGUGGUUGAACAUGCAGGGGAAGCCACAAGGUAAGGAACCCCACGACCCGGAGAACGACAAGCUG